UCAUAACAAUUAACCAGAAAUAUACCUUUCCAAACGAGUACACAACCCUCUCUGGCAAUGGUUCCUCCAAAACCACCGCCUCCACGACCGCAACAUCAACCUCUUCCUGGUAGGCGUUUGAACCCUAUCAUCUGCAUCAUUGUCGCCCUUGUCCUCUUAGGACUCCUCGUAGGUCUCGCAAUAUUAAUCACAUACCUCACCCUCAGGCCAAAGCGUCUCGCCUAUACCGUCGAAGCCGCAUCGGUCCAAGAUUUUGCCAUAGCCAAGGACGAUCACAUUAGCGCCAAAUUCAACUAUGUGAUCAAAUCAUACAACCCUGAGAAACACGUCUCCGUGAGAUAUCACUCCAUGCGAAUCUCCACGGCUCACCAUAACCAGUCCGUGGCUCACAAGGAGAUAUCUGCUUUCAAGCAGCGUCCCAAGAACGAGACGAGGAUUGAGACGCAGCUUGUGUCACACAACGUGGCAUUGUCUAAGUUCAAUGCCAAGGACUUGAGGGUUGAAAAGAUGAAAGGGGUGAUCGAAAUGGAAGUGUAUAUAACGGCUCGAGUGAGCUACAAGACGUGGAUUUUUCGGUCGAGGAGACGUACGUUGAAGGCUGUUUGUACGCCGGUAAUGAUCAACGUUACGGCGAACUCGUUGGAUGGAUUCCAGAGAGUUUUAUGCCGAACUCGUCUUUAGUUUAAAUUACUUAACAACUUGAUUGGUUCUAUUUGUGUGCUUAUACGUGUGUCAAUUUUUCUGUGUGCCCUUUAUUGAUUAUCUGUAUGUGUGUCUUUCUCUUUUUAAUUUUCUGAUGUGGUUUUUAUUCUUGUAUGCAUUCAUUACCAAUACUGUUCAUUACACUGUCUUUACAUCUAA